AAACAUCGAUUAACGGUUACUUUAGCUGCCGGCCCCCGUAUAUCGAUUGCAAUAUUUAUACUAUCGAUACUGCCAUCGGUUGUUUGACAGCUCUAAUUUCUUGUGUUUCAUUGGUGUGCAGUUAAAAAAGCAACAUGGGUGGUCACGGACAUGGACAUGGUGCACCAUACAAGGUACCAGAUGCCAAUAUCUAUAAAGUGGAAGAUGUCCCCAAAUUGGUGGAAGUAAGAGAAGCAUUGGCCCGCCAGGGUCUUAAGGAUCCUUGGUUGCGCAAUGAAGUCUGGCGUUACAAUGCCAAAGAAUUCGGUACACAUGCCUCUCGCUUGAGAACCUUCAUGUUGCGCGGUUUCGUCUUGGGUUUGGGCUUGACUGCCGCUACCGUUGCCCUGGAAACAGUCUUUGGCGGUGACGAUCAUCACGGCCAUGGACACGGUGAAGAGGGCCAUCAUUAGUGUACUAGUAAAUAUUAAUUUGUACAGAAUUUAAGUUAAAUUUGUUCGCUAUUAAAUAAAUUGUUCGCCGGAAAUGUGCACGAAAUUGGAAGCAAUUGCAAGGUGGAAUAAAGUAAUUGUGUUUCGAA